AUGAUCAAGGUCUUCUCCGUCGCCGCUUCCGCCGCUGUGUUUGCCGUCGCUACCGCUUCGGCUGCCUCCGUCCCCGACGGCACGUGGCCCACCAGCCAGGGCGACGUCUACUGCACGGAGCCCUACACCGUCGCUGCCGGAGAAACCUUCGACGGCGGCCUCAAGACCUACCAGCGCUCCGAUAUCACGUGUGAAGGCCAGGACGAGAGCGGCUCGUCGACCGCCGUGUUCCUCGUCGAAGCCGGCGGUACCCUCAAGAACGUCAUCAUCGGCGCCGACCAAAUGGAGGGCGUCCACUGCGACGACCACGACUGCACCAUUGAGAACGUGUGGUGGGACGACGUGUGCGAGGACGCGCUGAGCAUUAAGGGCGGCUCUGCGUCGAGCGUGUCGACGGUUACGGGCGGCGGCGCUCGCAACGCGGACGACAAGGUCAUCCAGCACAACGGCCUCGGCACGGUGAAGGUCGACGGGUUCUACGCCGACACGUUCGGCAAGUUGUACCGGUCGUGCGGCACGUGCGACAACGUCCCUCGCAAGGUGUCCGUCUCCAACGUGCUGGCGGUCAACCCGAGCGUGAGCCUCGUUACGGUGAACGAGAACUACGGCGACGAGGCCACGCUCAGCAACAUCUACAUCAAGUCGAGCGGUAGCAGCUACACUGUCUGCGCGUGGUCGCAGGGCAACGCGAACGGCGAGCCGACAGAGCUGGGCAACGGCCCGAAGGCCCCUCUCUGCCAGUACUCGAAGAGCGACUUCCACGUGAACGGAGCCGUGUCGUCGGUCAAGGGAGCGGCGUCCAACUAG